AUGGGCUUAUACAUGAGCAAAUACAAAUACUAUAUUAGCAGCAAUGUUCAACCUGCCAUGGCAAGUACUUGGAGAAUUGCGACUCACUUCAUCAAUAUUCUUAUCUUUACUAUCACUGGCAUUAUUCUCGCUAGGCUAUUCAUCGGUACUGCUACUGACAUUUCUGCGAAAGACUUCGGCUUCUCCGUUGUUUUGUAUAUUAUGAUCCAUGUAGGACAUCUUGUAACAGUUAUUGUAUUAUAUCCAUUAAUGAUGUGUCCAGGCGUUCAUUUAUCAUGGAAAGAUUGUGUGAUUCUAACAUGGAGUGGUUUACGUGGUAGCAUGUCACUUAUCUUAGUAUUAAUCGUCAGUCUAGAUACAGAAAUCGAAACAAUCACACGUCAUCGUUUUCUAUUUCAUAUCUCAAUGAUUGUCUUACUAACUUUGAUCGUUAAUGGAACAAGUAGCAAAUAUUUAGUGAAGAUUUUAGGUUUACACCAUGGUACAAAAGGAAGUGAGAUCGUUCUUUUACAAGCAUUCGAACAUGUCAGACGACAAACAUCGUGGAAAUUAACGAAAAGUUUUCAUUCUACUAAAACUCGACUUGAUAAUAUUCGUUUGCAAUUCCCCGAACUGGGUAAUUUGAACGAACGAAUCAUGGGUGAAAUCUAUGAUGAAAUGAAGACGUAUCAAAUCAAUGCCAUGUAUAUUCUCUUGGACUUGAAACAAUCCUAUCGAUUAUGUUGGAUCGUUCAAAUGACACGACGAUGUGCUCAGAUGCUUCUAAAAUAUGGAUCAAUUGCGAUUAUUCAGUUGUAUGAAACAGGAAUUCUUGCAGAUAAUGAAUAUUCACACAUACUGAAAUUGAUUGAGAACAAAUUAUUCAACUUCGAAUAUGGAAAGAUUCGAGUGUUUACAUACCAAAAGAAAGAAUUUGGAAAGCCAAUUCAUUUACUUCGAUACUUUCGAGGACUUUCAUCGAUCGAAAUAAAUCGAUGGUUUCAACCCAGCAAUCUUUUAGAAAGAAAUCAAAGAGUCACAAAUGUUUAUCUAAUUAUUCGUGGUCUUGUUCAACAUAAAAAUGGUACAUCAACUACUUAUUAUAAAUGUGGAAAUAUCAUCGGAGCUGAUGCCUUUUUUAAUAACAAAGUCUCAUCGAAUGGAACUUAUUAUGCAAGUUGUGGACUCGUGGAAACAUUUGUGAUUGACGCAGCUGUGUUGCAUAGUUUAUUAUCUGAUGAGAAAAUAUCUCGUUCGAUCUAUAAUGAACUAGCAGUACAUGUGAUUACAAAUAACUAUCGAAGUUUAGUACAACUAACUCGUCCACAACUGAAAGCUUUCCUAAAUGAGAAAAAGAUAUUUUGCAAAAAUCAAUCGAAUCUAACGGUUGAACUUGAACCAAAUCAACGACUACUUCUCUUAUCAGGAACAAUUUUUUGUUAUUCAACCAAUAAUCAAUGA